AUGGAAUUACAGGUGCACGCUGUAAUGGACAAUGCUCCUGUGAGUGAUCGUAAAAUGGCAGAAAUCAGAGACGCCACAGCAAAAGACGAGCAACUCAUGCUCUUAAAGCGAAUCAUCCAGUCAGGAUGGCCAGAGUCAGUAAAGACAUGCCCCCCAGCCAUCUCAGAAUAUUGGGACAUCAGGCAUGAGAUCUCAGAGGCAAACGGCAUCCUUCUGAAAGGAGAAAAGAUCGUCAUCCCACACGUGCUGAGAGCUGAAAUGCUGUCGUGUAUACACGCUGGACACUUAGGGRUGGAAAAAUUCCUGGCAACCGACCUGUUCACAUGGAACAACAAUGACUACAUCGUCACCGUGGACUACUACAGCAGAUAUUUUGAUGUGGAGAAGAUCCCCAACCUCACAUCAUCAGUGGUUAUUAAAAAGCUAAAAGCCACAUUUGCCAAGUUUGGGAUUCUGCAGACAGUAAUCAGUGACAAUGRACCUUGCUACAGUUCGCAGGAGUUCAAGGAUUUUGCCAAAGCAUGGGACUUCAAGCACAUCACAAGUAGCCCCAUGUAUCCGCAGAGCAACAGUUUGGCAGAAAGGACUAAACAACACACUGAACUCAUCUCCAUGAAUUCUUCAUCUUCUAUCUCCAAUGUGUCGAGCAGUCUGAGUAAUCGAGACUCUGCCAGCACAGCUAUGGCCAAAAAUAUCAUCAUCCUGGCUCUGGGCCUCAGCAUCAACUACAUCAACUGUGCUCUGAUUCACACCUUCAGGAAACACCAGGUGUUUUACAUGAAUCCUCGUUACAUCCUGUUCAUCCAUCUGGUGGUGAACGAUAUGAUCCAGCUCACAACCACAGUCAGCCUGUUUGUCAUCAGUUAUGUUUUCUAUAAAAUUAAURUUUCUGUUUGUUGCUUUAUUAUCACUUUUGCUGUUUUCACCACCCUAAACACCCCAAUAAAUUUAGCUGCAAUGGCUGUGGAGCGCUACAUCGCUGUGUGCUUCCCUCUGAGACACGCUGAGCUCUGCACCGUCAGACGAACUUAUAUUCUGAUUGUCUGGAUUUGGGUUUUGAGUUCUGUGUCAGUUAUACCUGAUAUAUUUCUCAUUGUAGCUACAGAGCCUGCAUGGCUGUUUUAUUCCACAGUAUUUUGUGACMGAGAUAACCUGUUUCGACACCCAGUGAGUUUACAAAAGAGGGAUAUUUCAUACAUAAUUUAUUUAACWGGAGUUUGGCUCACUCUCUUCUUUACUUACUUCAAAAUCUUCUUUGYUGCUAAAGCAGCUAAUUCAGCUGAUAGAAAAGCAAAAAAGGCCAGAAACACCAUCCUGCUUCAUGGCUUUCAGCUCAUCUUAUGUAUGCUGACAUACAUCGCUCCCAUGUUAAAAAAUUCACUUGUAUAUUGGUUCCCGAAAGAUUAUAUUCAUGUUCUCUUUGUUUGGUAUAUCAUCAUCCAGGUUCUCCCCAGGUUUGUCAGUCCCAUUGUAUACGGACUACGAGACAAUGKCUUUAAACAGCAUUUAAGAAAAUAUCUGCUCUUUGGCAUAAAAGCAGGAAACAAAUCACUGCUCUCAGUAAAAUUUGUAAUGUUUUCUAGAAUUCAAAUUACACAGAAAAUAGCAGAGAUGUAAAGUAACUAAGUACAAAUACUUUGUUACUGUACUUAAGUAU